AUGUUAAGCCUUCGCUUUGUCUACGCCACCUUCGUUAUUGCAUUCGGCUCAUCUUUCCAGUUUGGCUACCAAACCGGAGUUAUAAAUGCCCCACUCAAGGUGAUUGAAGAGUUUAUUGCCAAUGUUACCAUAAGCCGGCACAAAUUACCACGCAAAGAAUUCAUUGCUGCAAUGAGCAGUCUCAUUGUUGCUGCCUUUCCGAUAGGAGGCGUGGUUGGAGCACUUGUUGGGAGUCCAAUGUCGAAUAAAAUGGGCAGAAAACUUUCCCUUUUCAUUUUAAACGUUCCCAUGGCAGCUGGAUCCCUGCUAAUGAUGUGCAGUGUGCUGGCAAAUACGUUUGAAAUGAUCAUAGUCGGACGUAUUUUGGUAGGACUGGCUUGUGGUGCUUUUACUGCCAUUGCUCCGGUUUACUUGGCGGAAAUCGCGCCAGUAAACAUUCGGGGGGCUGCUGGUAUUGUUCAUCAGCUGGCUGUUGUCAUUGCCAUCUUGGUAUCACAGGUAUUGGGCUUAACAGAGGUCAUGGGAACAGCCACCCUUUGGCCAUAUCUUUUGGGUCUCACAAUAAUCCCAUCAGUUGUUCUUCUUCUACUCCUGUGGACUUGCCCGGAUAGUCCGCGCUACAUACUCCUAAAUCGCCUCAAUGAAGAGUCAGCCAAAACAGCCCUACAGUGGUACCGUGGCCCAAAAUACAACGUCGAUGAGGAGCUUGAAGAGCUACUAAAAGAACACGUUGACUCUGGUCGGCAGAAGUUCUCUCUCCUCAAUCUUUUUAAGACACGACAUUUACGGUCUGCCAUACUGAUCGCGAUUGUCGCCCAUCUGUCUCAGCAGUUCUCUGGGAUUACUGCGGCCCUUUUCUACUCCACUGCCCUCUUCCUUUACAUCCAACUCACGCCAAGUCAGGCAGCUUAUGCUACCCUGGGAGUUGGUGGCAUGAUGGUUCUAGUGACGAUAAUUUCAAUUUUCCUGAUUGAGCGCUUAGGACGUCGGAAACUAUUGUUACCGGGUCUUAUUGUGAUGCUAUUAUGUACUAUCCUCAUCACAAUUGGUUUGACCCUCAGGCAUUCUACCCCAAACCUUGUUUACUUGGCUAUUGCCGCCAUCUACUUAUUUGUUGGCGGCUUCGCAAUCGGUCCUGGUAAGUUGUUGCGUUUCUUUAAAUUUUAA